UUCUAUUGAAUCUCAGAGUUGGCCGUGACGCGCGGCCCAGGGGAAGACCACAUAGAUCUCACCAGAAUGCAACAACUAUCGAGCUUUCUUGCCCGACGACUUCUGUAUGGAAAUCACUUUGCGCACCUCCCUUUUUGAGAGAAACUUGCUUUUUUUAAGAGACACGGGGAAUGCGGUGAAAGCGGUGGAGACCUCCGGAUCGCGAAAUGUUGGGAUGGAAGGCGCAGACUUUGACUCGCCGUCUCCAACAGGAGUAUGAAGUCCUACUUCACGGUUGUGAGAUCUCCGAGAGUGAAACUUUGUUGCCUUGGGAUAUCGCUACACGCUUUCGGGGAAAUACUAUAAAGUGGGAAACGGUCUCACAGUCCCCGCAACAUGGCCUCGGCUGCUAAUGCGCCCUCCGAGCAGGAAAACAGAGACCCCGAUCGGCCGAGGAUAAGGCGGAGGAACAGGGGGGACUAUACCCGCAACACACCGCUGGAUUUGGAGUAUUUGCAGCGGCCAAGUUACUGCGAUGCGGGCUUCGCUUUGGAGCAAAUAACCCAGGGGAAAGCGACUGGGAGGAAAGCACCUCUAUGGCUAAGAGCGAAGUUCCAGAGACUUUUAUUCAGGCUGGGCUGUUACAUACAAAAGAACUGCGGAAAGUUUUUGGUUGUGGGCCUCAUGAUUUUUGGAGCUUUUGCUGUGGGCUUAAGAGCAGCUAAUUUGGAGACGGAUGUGGAGAAACUCUGGGUGGAAGUUGGUGGGCGUGUGAACCGGGAACUAAUGUACACGCGACAGAAUAUAGGCGAGGAGGCCAUGUUUAACCCUCAGCUAAUGAUCCAGACGCCGCGGGAGGACGGAGCAAAUGUUUUAACGGUGGAUGCACUCCUACAGCACCUGGAGUCAGCUCUCCGAGCCAGCAGAGUUCAUGUUUACCUUUAUAACAGACAAUGGAAAUUAGAAAGCUUGUGCUACAAAUCAGGUGAACAAGUCACAGAAACUCAUUUGAUGAACCGGAUCAUAGAAGAGCUACACCCCUGCCUCAUCAUCACCCCUUUGGACUGUUUCUGGGAGGGAGCCAAGCUCCACUCUGGAACGUUCUAUCUACCAGGUGAAGACCCUCUUCAGUGGACCAACCUUGACCCAAAGGAGUUCCUUGAUAAAUUACGAAAGGAUAACUUCAACAUGGAAGGUUUUGAGGAGAUGUUGCAAAAGGCAGAUGUUGGACAUGGCUACAUGGAUAGGCCCUGUUUAAACCCUGCUGACCCCGACUGCCCCCUCACUGCGCCCAAUAAGAACUCAACCAAGCCAUUCGACGUGGCGAGGGUUCUGAGUGGUGGCUGCCAUGGUCUGUCCAGGAAGUACAUGCACUGGCAGGAGGAACUGAUCGUAGGAGGGACCACCAAGAAUGGCAGCGGACCCCUGCUCAGUGCCCAAGCCUUACAGACCAUGUUCCAGCUGAUGACUCCCAAGCAGAUGUUUGAGCACUUUCGUGGCUAUGAGAUGGUUUCCCACAUCAACUGGAAUGAAGAAAAGGCUGCAGCUAUACUGGAAGCCUGGCAGAGGAAAUACUCUGAGGCGGUGCUGCAGAGUGUUGCAGCAAAUUCGUCUCAGAAGGUCUUGUCUUUCACCUCCACCACUCUGGAAGAUAUUCUCAAGUCUUUCUCUGACAUCAGCGUCAUCCGUGUGGCCAGUGGAUAUCUGCUUAUGCUGGCUUAUGCUUGCCUUACCAUGCUACGGUGGGACUGUGCCAAGUCUCAGGGUGCUGUUGGGUUGGCAGGGGUCUUGCUGGUGACACUGUCAGUGGCAGCUGGCCUGGGCCUCUGCUCUCUCCUGGGCAUUUCCUUCAAUGCUGCCACCACACAGGUGCUACCCUUCUUGGCUCUGGGUGUUGGAGUGGACGAUGUUUUCCUCCUCGCUCAUGCCUUCAGUGAGACGGGACAAAACAAGAGGAUCCCUUUCGAGGAUCGUACAGGGGAGUGUCUGAAGAGGACAGGGGCCAGCGUGGCUCUCACCUCCAUCAGCAACGUCACCGCUUUUUUCAUGGCAGCCCUCAUCCCCAUCCCAGCGCUCAGAGCCUUUUCUCUACAGGCUGCGGUGGUGGUGGUGUUUAACUUUGCCAUGGUGCUGCUUAUCUUCCCCGCCAUCCUCAGCAUGGACCUCUACCGACGAGAAGACAGACGUUUCGAUAUUUUCUGCUGCUUCUACAGUCCAUGCGCCAAUCGUGUGAUUCAGAUCGAGCCUCAUGCGCACCUGGAUGGGGUGGACGAAAGCCACUACAGCCCUCCCCCAUCCUAUUGUACCCCACCGCCCUCGUAUCAUACGCCUCCACCAAACUACAGCAGCCCCCCUCCGUCCUACAGCAGCCAUGGUUUUGCCCAGCAGACUCAAAUCACCAUGCAGUCCACGGUGCAGCUCAGGACAGAGUACGACCCUCGGACUCAGGCCUUCUACACCACGGCUGAACCCAGAUCACAAAUCUCUGUGCAGCCCAUGAACCCAGCUCCCACUAGGAGCAACCCAAACAAUGACUAUUACAGCAGCAACCCCAGCGGUAGCAGGAGCAGCAGCAGCAGCAACCACGGCAAUCUCAACAACAACAACAGCGGGAGCCGAAACAAUGGGGGAUCUCGAGGUUCUGCCUCCUUCUCCCAUCAUCAUACUGCACCUACUUCUGCUGCCACGACUCCGACUGCUAGCUCAGUUCCUCAGGGCGAUGCACCCUCAACAACCGGCCAGGGCCCAGAGAACAACAACUCCACACGGGACCUGAUAUCCCAGCACGGAGAACGCUCUUUGGGCCUGCGCUGCCUCGACCCUCCCUGCUCCCGCUGGACCCUGUCCUCUUUUGCUGAGAGACACUAUGCUCCGUUCCUUUUACAGCCAACCACCAAGGUGGUAGUGAUUGUGCUGUUCCUCAUCCUGCUUGGAGUCAGUCUGUAUGGGACCACCCAGGUGAGGGAUGGCCUGGAGUUGACGGACAUUGUGCCAAGAGAGACCAGCGAGUAUGACUUCAUCGGUGCCCAGUUCAAGUUCUUCUCCUUCUACAACAUGUAUGUGGUGACACAGCGGGCUGAAUAUGCCCAGAAACAGCCACUGCUGCACCAGCUCCACCAGAGGUUCCACACUGUUCGCUAUGUGCUGAAGGAGGACAACGGAGAGCUGCCUCGCAUGUGGCUUCACUAUUUCAGGGAAUGGCUUCAAGGUCUCCAGCAGGCGUUUGACAAGGACUGGGAGGCCGGGCGCAUCACCCAAAACAGCUACAGGAAUGGCUCUGAUGAUGGUGUCCUGGCGUACAAGCUGUUGGUGCAGACAGGACGUAGGGAGAAGCCCAUUAACUUCAACCUGCUGACUCGUCAGAGACUUGUGGAUGCAGAUGGGAUCAUCAACCCCAGGGCAUUCUACAUCUACCUUACUGCUUGGGUCAACAAUGAUCCUGUGGCAUACGCCGCCUCGCAGGCCAACAUUCGGCCACACCCUCCAGAUUGGCUCCACGACCGUACCAACUCCAUCCCCGAGACAGGCCUCAGCAUCCCAGCUGCUGAGCCCAUCGAAUAUGCACAGUUCCCCUUCUACCUCAACGGGCUUCGGGAGACACCGCAGUUUGUGGAGGCUAUUGAGAGCGUGCGGGCUAUCUGCAGCAACUACAGUCGACAAGGCCUACCAUCCUACCCAAAUGGCUACCCUUUCCUGUUCUGGGAACAGUAUGUUAGUCUGCGCCACUGGCUCCUGCUGUGCAUCAGUGUUGUGCUCGCCUGCACCUUUCUCGUCUGUGCCCUCUUCCUUCUCAACCCGUGGACCGCCGGCAUCAUAGUGUUGGUGCUUUCUCUUAUGACUGUGGAGCUGUUUGGCUUCAUGGGGCUGAUGGGAAUCAAGCUGAGUGCUGUCCCUGUUGUCAUUCUCAUCGCCUCUGUGGGCAUUGGAGUGGAGUUCACCGUCCAUGUGGCUCUGGCUUUCCUGACAGCCAUAGGAGAUCGUCACAAGCGGGCAGUGCUGGCUCUGGAGCACAUGUUUGCUCCGGUGCUCGAUGGAGCCUUUUCUACCUUAUUAGGUGUCCUGUUGCUUGCGGGCUCUGAGUUCGACUUUAUUGUUAGGUAUUUCUUUGCAGUGUUGGCCAUUCUCACAGUUCUUGGAGUACUGAAUGGACUGGUACUUCUUCCAGUAUUACUGUCAUACUUUGGGCCCUAUCCAGAGGUGACCCCAGUUGAUGGUGGUAGUCGGUUACCCACCCCGUCACCUGAGUCACCUCCACACGUGGUCCACUUCUCAGUCCGUCCUCACAACACCACCACAGCCACGCCCACCUGUGGUGCAGCUUCAGACUCGUCGGACUCAGAAUACAGCUCUAACACCACAGUGUCUGGUAUAAGCCAGGAGCUGCAGAACUACAACCUGCCCUCACACAGGGGACAAACUCGAGCAGAGGAGCAGCAGUACCACCUCCAGACCACCAGGAGCAGAGCAGCCAGGUCAGAGGAGCACAGGAGAGCAGGAUCAGGGAACAGGCGCACAGCCAGGCAGCCUGACCCUCCAACCUAUAAUGUGCCUUUGUCCUCUCAGGGUUGUGAUUCUGGGCCCCAGGCCGCGGCUCCUCAGCGCAACAGCAGCAGGGACUCCAAGAGCCAGCUGCACUGGCAGGCCCCGCCCCCUGCCCGCCCACGCAUGGAUGCUUUUGAAACUGCUACUGAGGCUGGGGGCCAUCAUGGCUCACAUGGCUAUAGAGAACACUCCGCAGGCCACAGGGCCCGCUCUUCCCACAACCAACAGCAUAAUCACCACCUCCCGCACCACCACCCAAACCCCAUCACUUAUUGUCCACCCAUAACCACGGUAACAGCAUCAGCCUCGGUCACUGUUGCUGUUCACCCAGCCCCCUUGUCCAACCAGGGCCCUCCCGGUUCCUCUUACCCAGGAUACACGACAACAGACAGUUACUGCCCAUCACGAGAGGAGGGGACGGAGCCUGCCUUCCAGGAUCCACAUGUGCCACUGGACACUCACACAGGGGCCAGGGGAGCCUACAUGGAGUCCAUGGAACUUCAAGAUUUGGAAUUUGAGGCAACUGAGAGCAACAGUGGCAGACGGGCAAGUUGAGUUAUGGAGAACGCAAGUACAACGGCCAAAGAUGGACUCCUCCUUAUUACUUUACAGCUGACUCAGCCUGGCGCAGUAAAGCCCAGCACAGCCCAGUCCGGCUUGUCCCGGCCCUAAGCUGCAAGAAACUCGCCGGUGUUGCCGUCAUGGUGCUCAUUCUUACUGUAACCCAGUGGACUAUUUUCUUAGAUAUUUCUAUCUAUAUUUAAGUUGUAUACAUAUGUAAAUAUGAACAAAAAGUAGCUAUAAUGUUAGGAGCUGUACAACUCCUCGUGUUAACAGACUGGGGCUGCCAUUUUAUAUGGUUUGUGAGUGUGUUUGUGUAAAUGUGUGCGUGUGUAUGAGAGAUAGUUAUAGAUAUGUUAUUACUGCUCACUCAUCUGUGGUUCUGUGCCAUUAGGAAGCUUCAUCUUGACAUAAAUACCUGUCAGCAUUCACUGUUGCUGCUCAAAAUAUUUUUUUAAAUAAUAUACAUUUAUAACUCUAUGCAAAUGUCUCUUUAAACAAAAUAAGUGGUGUGUGUGUGUGUGUGUGUGUGUGUGUGUGUGUGUGUGUGUGUGUGUGUGUGUGUGUGUGUGUGUGUGUGUGUGUGUGUGUGUGUGUGUGUGUGUGUGUGUGUGUGUGUGUGUGUGUGUGUGUGUGUGUGUGUGUGUGAGAAACUGCCCCAUUAUCUCCUGGCUUAUAAAUCAGACCCAUCCUCAGAACAGGCUAACAUUUACACUCAUUGUUGAUAUGAGGGAAAUUGUUAGAAUUAUCAAACAGGGCUGUGUGUGUGUGUGUGUGUGUGUGUGUGUGUGGUUAUUGUAUAAAGGUACGCAUGUUAAACUAUUAAUUUUUUAUCACAAACCUGUGGUAGUUAUGAAACAAUUACUGUUUAACUUGACACGCUAUGCGUGCUAUUUAAGACGAGCAGAUAUGAAGAAAUUUAAAAAGCUGUUUUUUGGUUUUGUUCUGUUCUUUUAGUCAUUGCCUCUGCAUUGGAACCUGUUUCUGCUCUCAGCUUUGUAUCACUGUCUGUGAGGUUGCUCUCUGGUCGUGUCUUACUGUAUGAGGUUUUAUAUUGUUUAACCCUAGCAGGCUCAAAACUGUUUCUGUCUUGUAUACUGACAUACAAGCAGUAAACCACCUCAAAGACUCACACUUCCAUUACAGGGACAUUCACAUUACUGAUUCUGGAACAGGGUCAACACAGGGCUCUAACUCUGUGUCAAGUGGAUAAGCUAAAGCUCUGACUGUAUACUGUACAACCUGAUUUAACAUGGCACUUGACUGCACUCAAACUUCAUUCACAGCAAUAUUUUGCUUCAAGUAUCUUUCUUUUUUUCUUUCCAACCAAUAAGCUAGCCCACACAGCCUGCUACGGGAUAAGCCCUAUUUGGCCUGACAAUGUGGUCUAUGUGUGUCUCAAUGUAAACAUGUCUAAAAACAUUUAUGUGUAUAUGUGUGUUGUUACAUCCUGUUAGUCUGUCUCUCUCUCAGCUCUCCUUUACUGACAGUAGAAACAACUGGCCCUAAUUUGGCAUCAGCUGUCCCCACUGACCUCAGCUAAUAAAAUUCCACAACAUAAUGUCAUGACACUAAUUGGACAUCCCCCCACAACUGCCAAAUGGCACAGCCCAGUGCCUCACGGGUCAAAGUUGAUACUGCCAGCCCCUCUCCCUACCAGCAAUGGCCAGUUUAAAUCUGCAGGUCCAUGUCCAUUCCAGACCCAGGCCCCUUUGACCUGGUCACUCACCCCAUCCACACCUCAGCUUGCCUCCACUUUUUUACGCUCUUACAUCCUGUUGAACACGUGUAGCUCUUCCCAGAAGUCUUUGCAGUUCUCUGUCCACAAUGUUACGUCAGCUGCUUGCAUGAAAUAGGUUGUUCUGUUUGUUUUUUGUUUUGUUUUCUCCCAAUGUCACAUUGGCAGUAGCGGAGAGAAUCAUAGCUGGCAACUAUUUUUAUUCAAUUUUUUAUGUUUUUUUGUUCUCAACAUUCAAAUGCUAUAUUUAUAUUUUUGUAAUAUAAAAUAUGUUGUUUAAUUCUUUCAUUAUUGUCGUGAAGCCAGUGGAUAACAAAUGCAGGGAUUUUUUUUUUGUUUAUUGAUAAAACACUAUUACAGUUUAAUGUUUUUACAUUAAUGGAGUUUGAUCUGUAUAAAGUGCUUACUAAUGUUAAAUAGGAAAAAAGAGUAUAUAACAUUUUACACUACAAGUCUCAUCAUAGCUCUUAGAGGAUUUUAAAAGGAAAAAAAAAAUCAGUGGUUCUUCCAGACUGCCAUUUUGGUCUUGGUUGGUGUGGAUGUAUGCUGUUUUCAGUUACAAAGAUAAAUGUAUGCCAUAUAAUUUAUUUAUAUGAAAAUUUAUUUUUGUAGUGUACAUAGUAGUUGUCAAGGUAUUUGACAGAAGUAUAUUUUUAAAGAGUUUAUAUUUAAUGAUAUACCAUAACAGAAAAAAACCUUAAGGUGCACACUUUCACUGCUAACUGUCUUGUGAGACGACAUUGACACCUCCCCUUCAGUAUUAUGUUCCGAUCCUAGGAGAGAGACAGCUGUUUCUAUGGGUUUGUCAAAGGCUAGCCAUGAAAGUAGAAAAUUGUACUAGCUCUCUAAAUAUUAAUGUUCAAACACUGAUAGAAUUCUAACAAAUAAAGAUAUUAUAACUUAUUUGUCUCUUUGUUCAUAACUUUAAUAAAUGGAAACUUAAAAAUA